GAUUUCACUUCGUUCCGUCGCUGAAACUGGCCUGUCCCAGCUAGCUGCAGUGACCACGCUGUCGAUUGACACCGGCGACUUAGCAAUCAUCAAGGAAUAUGCAGAGACCGGGCUGAUUACCGACGCAACGACGAACCCCUUGUUCGUCAGCCAAGCUGGAUUGAGUGGAGAUCCGGUUUACGUUGCCUUCGUGGAAGAUGCGAUCGAGUACGCGUGCGGGAAAGUUGAAGGCGUGGAUGAAAGGGUUGCCCUCGCGAUGGACAAGCUGGCAGUAAAUCUGGGAGUGGCGAUUUCCAAGUUGGUGACUGGGUACAUAUCUACCGAGGUGGAUCCGAGAUUGAGUUUCGACAAGGAGGAGACGCUUCGCCGUGCUCGUCGCAUUAUUGCCUUGUACGAAGAAGCUGGUGUACCGCGUGAGCGAGUUCUCAUAAAGCUCGCGGCCACAUGGGAGGGCAUUGCAGCGAUGGCGGAGCUAGAGAAGGAGGGCAUCACCUGCAACAUGACGCUGGUGUUCGGGUUUGUGCAAGCUGUUGCAGCGGCGCAGUAUGGUGCAAGGCUUAUUUCACCUUUUCCUGGCCGUGUGUUGGACUGGCACAAGCGGAGUUCAGGCAAAGAGACGUGGAGCCCCCGGGAGGAUCCAGGCGUCGUUGUUGUCGAGAGGAUGUACUCUUAUUACAAGAAGUACGGCCACAACACGAUCUGCAUGCCUGCUAGUUGGAGGCCUUCCAGGGGCGCCGGCCACGAUCUGGACGAAAUUCAGGCACUGGCAGGAGUUGAUAGAAUGACGAUUCCACCGGGGUUUCUCAAGCAGCUUGCUGAGGACACUGGCGUGUUGGAGAGGAUGUUGGAGCCGGAAGGCUCAGCAGCCAGAUGCGAGGACGAGGAGCUCUGCGGUGGGCAGAUGUCGGAGGUUCAGUUCCGCCUGCUCUUCAACGAAGAUGCAUGUGCCACAGAGAAGACGGCCGAGGGCCUGAGAGCUUUCAUCUCCGACACCAACAAGCUUGAGGCCGCACUCCGGCAGAAGAUCCAAGCCCUGGCCUGA